AUGGUUUUAAUUUCAUCCAAGACUCUUAUCCAGGCACAUGCCGUGUUUCUGGUUGUGAUCGCCGGUUAUCUGGUCAAGAGCCCGGAGGUGAUCACUGACUGCGAUCUGGUGUUUAUGAUGGGAGAAGCCUUGAAGAUUGACUUUCCAUCCCUGUCAAGCCCGCAGCAAUCCCCUUUCACCUUCUGUGCCAUACUCAUCUUCAUCGAGGCCUUUGUCGACCUCGUCCUGCUGUCCAACAUCCCCUACCACGAAGCUCUCGAUGAGGCUCUCCCCUAUAUCCGGCCCCUCCGAAAUGGCAACCUCCCCGCCGAGGAUCUGCAGGUUCUACAGCGCUUGCCCGAAUAUAUCACCAAGUCCUUGACGAUUUACUGGAGCGUCUGGAUCGCAGUUGCUGCGUGUCGCUUUGGUGCGUAUGCUGGAAUUGCGUUCUAUAUCUACCAGAGCAGAGAUGAUCACCUGGCCUCGUCUUACACAAGCGCUGCGGCUAUUGGAGGCUUGGAUCGUCUGAAGAACCGGGUGGUCUUCAGCUUUGCUUUCUUCGAAAUGAUGUUUUGGUUCUGGAAUUUCGCAACCCUCCGCGAGGAGCGCCAGGAACGUCUGACCAAGCUGCUGGAGGAUACCCGUGAAAACUGA